AGAGCAGCGAUGAAAUCCGUGGACUGUGUGCACGUCAUCCAACAGAAGGAUACCGCCUCCUCUCCCUCUGCCCCCCCUGGUGCUGCUUCAGGCACCACGGGACUUUUUUCUGUCACAUUCCUGUGGCUUGCAAUGCUCCUGUCCUCUUGUCUUGCAGCAGUGUCUCUUUACCAUGUUAUCACCCUGAAAACAGAACUAGAAGCUCUGCGCAGUGAGCUGAUCUACAGGGUCCAGGCAAGGUCUCCGCUAGACCGGCCACCCGUGUCCCUUGAUGAAAAUAAAGACAGUACCCCUGUUUCUUCCUUCCUGCGAGUGUCUGCAGCUGGCGCCAGGCAGGAGAACAGGCUUCCCGGUCCUGGCCCAGAUAAAAGCUUCCAAGAGGAAAUCUGGAACGGGAGCAGAAACAGGGGGAGAAGGGCUGUUGUCCACACAGAAGAAACAGUGCUGCAGGCCUGCUUGCAACUGAUUGCUGACAGCAAAAGUGAUAUCCAGCAGAAAGAUGAUUCAAGCAUUGUCCCUUGGCUACUGAGCUUUAAACGUGGAACAGCUCUGGAAGAACAAGGGAAUAAAAUAGUGAUCAAAGAAACAGGAUAUUUUUUCAUAUAUGGCCAGGUUUUAUAUACGGAUACAACAUUUGCUAUGGGACACCUAAUACAGAGGAAGAAGGCCCACGUGUUUGGUGAUGAUCUCAGCUUGGUGACAUUGUUUCGUUGCAUCCAAAAUAUGCCACAGUCUUAUCCGAAUAAUUCUUGCUAUACUGCUGGCAUUGCAAAAUUAGAAGAAGGGGAUGAACUUCAACUUACAAUACCACGGAGAAGGGCCAAAAUAUCCUUGGAUGGAGAUGGUACUUUUUUUGGUGCAGUUAGACUCCUCUGAAGCCCUUCAUUUCUGUUAUUACGCUUAAUGCAGUUUUCUUCUUUUCCUAUGCCUUUGUCAGAAAAAAUACUGAAUUGUAAUAAAGCUGCCAAUUCAGUCUCUCCCCAUCCACCACCAGCUUCUUAGAACUUUUCUUCAGUUUAAUAAGCAAACCCAAAACAGGAAACACACCAGACAUACUUGUGAGAUACAACCAUCACGUGAUUAACGGAAAGCCAAUUUAUUUUAGACAAUGGGAGACUCUAAAUAACAACAGUAAAGCAAUGGUUUUUUGGCUUUGAAAUGAUUUCUUGUCCAUAAGGCAGGUCAAAGAAGGAGUUGACUAUAAAGUAUAGCAUAAACAGGACCAUUGACUAUCAAAUUAUUAUCCGUAAUUGAAAAGGAAAACUAAACCACAA